UUCCACGCCACACCAGCACUUCUCUUACCCUGCACAUGCAUACGCACACGCACUUUUUUAACAGUCCCUCCUGCAGCCCGAUCUGAAAGCUUCCUGCAAUCCCAUUCAAAUUACGUUCGGUGAGGGGAAGGUCGGGAAUAAAUAACCGUGGGGAGCCCCCACGCACACUCCUACUUUCUCUUUACCCAAUCUGGUUCCACGACUCCUGCCUACCGGAUUCCUAUUUUGUCGCUAGAAGGACCACAUCAUGGCAGGAGGACUGAAGAGCACCGAACCAGAGGAGGAGUUUGUGCACUCGCCCUUCAUCCGCAAGCAAGGCAACAUUUACAAGCCAAACAACAAGAAGCCGGACGGCGACAUGGACAACGACAGCCUCAACGAGAAGUCCAUGAUGGACGACGUGCACACCAAAGAGAUCGACCUGGUCAACCGAGAUCCGAAGCACGUCAAUGACGACGUGGUCAAGGUGGACUUUGUGGACGUGAUCGCUGAGCCGGCGGGCACGUACAGCUUCGAUGGCGUGUGGAAGGCCAGUUUUACCACCUUCACCGUCACCAAGUACUGGUGCUACCGCCUUCUGACGGCGCUGGUGGGCAUCCCGCUGGCGCUGAUUUGGGGCAUCUUCUUCGCCAUCCUGUCUUUUGUGCACAUCUGGGCGGUGGUGCCGUGCAUCAAGAGUUACCUGAUCGAGAUCCACUGUGUCAGUCGCAUCUACUCCAUCUUCGUGCACACCUUUUGCGACCCGCUCUUCGAGGCCAUAGGCAAGUGUUUCAGCAACGUGCGGAUCACCACCAUCAAGGGGGUGUAGGCGUCAUCCUUGGGGGUUAGGGGUGGGGGAUCGGAUGAAGGUGGGGCCAGAGUCUGAAAGGACAUUCUUACAGGUUGGACAUUCCAAGCUAAGGGACAAGGAGGGGGGUGGUAUUUCUUUGUGUUUGACAUUUUUUUUCCUUCAUGUUUUGAUCUAUUUGUGUCCUGGUACACACAAAAGCCCUGUUCACACUGGCGAUGGAAACCAGCUUUUUCCUUGUUCACAGUCAUGUGCGUGAACGAUGGCGGGUGGUUGAAGUCGACACAUAAUGUUGCUGUUUUCGGAUAUUUCUCAGUUAUAUCUCAUUAUCUGAACGCAGCACGUCGUAAGGGCCGUUUGAAGGUGCUAUGUCCCAGCAUCGGUGAGUUCUGCCGACAAUUCACAUACAAAUAACACCUCUGAUGCGCCAAUUUGCCAGGAAGCUGUAUGACAAGGGCUCAAGAUAACUUCGUAUUCCCUUCCCGUUAUGAACAAAAUCAACGAAAGUCAGCUUCCAUCCAUUCAUCCAUCAUCUACCGCUUAUCCGGGGCCGGGUCGCGGGAGCAACAGCUUUAGCAGGGAAGCCCAGACUUCCCUCUCCCUAGCUAUUUCGUCCAGCUCUCCCCGGGGGAUCCCGAGUCGUUCCCAGGCAAGCUGGGUGACAUAGUCUCUCCACCGUGUCCUGGGUCUUCCUCGGGGUCUCCUCCCGACCAUGACCGGAACACCUCACCGGGGAGGCGCUCAGGAGGCAUCCGAAUCAGAUGCCCAAGCCACCUCAUAAGUCAGCUUGUGAUGUAUUAUAACCGCUUGCUUCCAAAGUGUCAAGUUAAUCAAACCAGAGACUUACUGGCCACACCCCUUCAUGUCGAAAGUAGUUGUCGCUGUUCCAAAUAUAUCUCAUUAUCGGAAUGUGCUAACUCACAAGAGCUGUGCAUACACACAAUGCCCCCCCACCCCUUUGGAGAGUUGUUGAAAAGUGUGGGUUUUUUUCUUGCUGCGACCUGAUUGGAUAACAACAAUCACGGUCAACAAUUCACAAUAUAAAAUCCUGUCGCAGAAACGAGCCGAAGCCGGCUUCAACCACAAUGUAAGUCAAGGUGUUGGCAGAUCACAGAGCAGCUUGCCGAGGGUCUUCUUCUUCUUUUACUCGAACGCUUGAUUGUGGUUUUGUGGUUUUUAUUGUCAUGUGUGGGGUCUUUUUAUGUGUGUACCGGAUGUAGACAAACCGACUUCACAUUGUUCACGUUUGUUCGCGGAGGGUCGGUGGUCAUAGCGUUAGCUCGGUGGCGGCCUGAAAUUCUGCUGACACGACACAAAACCAAACAACCAUUGAUCCCUUUGUCCCCCCCGUGACCUCCGAAAACCACCCCCCAGUCCCACCUCCCCCGACCUGACUUUGCUGCAGUCCGACACACUGAACCUGUCCCCCAACUCCCCGUUUUUAUUUUUCACCGUCCGCCACCCUCAAGACCAACACGCCACCUGCUGCUCACUCACUUGCUUCAUCUUUUGCAAAAAAUGUUCACAUUUCACCUUUUUUAGUCUUCUGCUUGAAAAUGCAAAAAACUUGGGGUGGCUAAGCUUAGCGGCUAACUAGCAUACCAACAUACGCACAGACAGAUUUGGGACUCGGACUCUCCAUUUUUGCGUAUCAAUGUGAAAAAUAUGUAAUUCAACUGAAUGUCGCUGCCUGCUAGCGUCCGUUUGUUUUAGCUUAGCACAGCCUGCUAGCUUACUAGCUGGCAUGGUGAUGACUGAUUACUUGUAACGACUUGACUUGGACUCGCUUUGCUUUUGAGUUUUUUUUCAUCACGAGAAAGAAAAACAUCAUCCUGGUUAGCCCGUUUUCAUUUUUUUUUGUGAAGAAUUAACAACUUUUUAAAGUUUGUAAAAAGCUCAAGCAAAUUGCUUUUUUUUGUGUCGCCAUUAAAAAAAAUUCAAUGUGACAGCCUCAACAGGCGAAGGGAGGACUCAGCUUUCCACAGUUGCACGCUUUGACUACCUGCUGUUUUGUUCCCCUCGCAGGACGCUCAAAAGGUGAUAUUUUUAUAUAUAGUUUUUCCCCCUUUCUUGCCUUUACUUGUACAAUAUCACGCUGUGCACAUUAAAGUUGAAUAUGACCACG